GGCAGGGUGAUGCCAGCUUGACCCAGAGCCAUGUCCAGGUACUUGAAGCACUUCACGGUGGUGGGUGAUGACCCAGUGCAGUGGAGCAACGACUAUAAGAAAUGGGAGGAAGAGGAGGAGGAUGCCGGGGAGAAGCAGCCAGAUUCGGAGAUCAAACUGGAGCCCACCAGGAGAGACGUCUCCUUCCAGGACAUGAUGAAAAAGCUCUUCAGCUCCCGCAGGUUUCAGAUCUUAGUUGUCUGUUUGGUCAUCCUGGAUGCCUUGUUGGUUCUUGGGGAGUUGCUUAUGGACUUGGAAAUCAUCCAUCCGGACAAAUAUAAUAUAACCCCAAAGGUUUUCCACUACCUCUCCCUUUCCAUUUUAACUAUCUUCCUGGUUGAGGUGGGGUUUAAGGUCUUUGUCUACCGCUGGGAGUUCUUCCACCACAAGUUUGAAGUGCUGGACGGGAUCGUGGUCAUUGUGUCCUUCAUCCUCGAUGUCGUCCUCAUCUUCCGGGAGCACGAGUUCGAAGCUGUCGGGCUCCUGAUCCUGCUCCGGCUGUGGCGGGUGGCCAGGAUUAUCAAUGGAAUCAUUUUAUCCGUGAAGACCCGCUCGGAACAACAACUGUCCAAGCUCAAGCAAGUAAACCUGAAACUUGCCACAAAGGUUGAACAACUGGAACACAGCUGUGUCGAGAAGGAGCAAGAAAUUGAGAGGCUUAACAAGAUACUAAAACAGCAUGGACUCAUCAGCGAGGAAAAGUAG